GGUCCCGUUGCAUUUGUUUCAUCUCCUUCAGGCGCUGCACAGUCAUUGUCAGCUCUGGCAUACCUAUGAGAUGAUGCAUCUCAAUAUGGACGGCUUGUUGCCAUACCUUCUUGUGCUGGUGAUCGUAAGAGGACUCGUGUGCUUCGUAUUCAUUCAUUCGACUGUAUCCCUUCUGACACAACUCGCAGAAAAACGACUUUCGAGCUUCUCGCGCGCUCUCGGUCUUGAAGGAAAUUAUUAGUGACCAAAUCAAACGACAUGCUCGAUACGCAUACCUUGG